CUGCGCGGCGGCCGGCGGUUGUCGGCGGGGCAGUCCGGCGGGCGGCGGCGGCGGCGGGCAGCGGGCGACCCGCGGGCGGCAUGUGGGGCCGCCGGCCCUGAGAGCGUGAGCGCCGCCGGCCGCGCCCCCCGCCCCGCCGCCGCGGCCCGACCGUGCCGAGCGUUCUGGGAUCGAGCCGCGCCCCGCCCCUGCCCGGCGCCCAUGCGGGCCGAGCCCCGCCGCGCCCCGCACCAUGCUCAAGUGCAUCCCGCUCUGGCGCUGCAACCGGCACGUGGAGUCCGUGGACCGGCGGCACUGCUCGCUGCAGGCCGUACCCGAGGAGAUCUAUCGCUACAGCCGCAGCCUGGAGGAGCUGCUGCUCGACGCCAACCAGCUGCGCGAGCUGCCCAAGCCCUUCUUCCGGCUGCUGAACCUGCGCAAGCUGGGCCUGAGCGACAACGAGAUCCAGCGGUUGCCCCCCGAGGUGGCCAACUUCAUGCAGUUGGUGGAACUGGACGUGUCCCGAAAUGACAUCCCCGAGAUCCCCGAGAGCAUCAGGUUCUGCAAGGCCCUGGAGAUCGCCGACUUCAGCGGGAACCCCCUGUCCAGGCUCCCUGAAGGCUUCACCCAGCUCCGCAGCCUGGCCCACCUCGCCCUGAAUGACGUGUCCCUGCAGGCACUGCCCGGGGACGUGGGCAACCUGGCCAACCUGGUGACCCUGGAGCUGCGGGAGAACCUGCUCAAGUCCUUGCCCGCGUCCCUGUCUUUCCUGGUCAAGCUGGAGCAGCUGGAUCUGGGCGGCAACGACCUGGAAGUGCUGCCUGACACUCUGGGGGCUCUGCCCAACCUUCGGGAGCUGUGGCUGGACAGGAACCAGCUGUCCGCGCUGCCCCCGGAGCUGGGGAGCCUGCGGCGCCUGGUGUGCCUGGACGUGUCCGAGAACCGGCUGGAGGAGCUCCCGGCUGAGCUGGGCGGGCUGGCGCUGCUCACGGACCUGCUGCUCUCGCAGAACUCGCUGCAGCGGCUGCCUGAUGGCAUCGGCCAGCUGAAGCAGCUGUCCAUCCUGAAGGUGGACCAGAACCGCCUCUGUGAGGUGACCGAGGCCAUCGGGGGCUGCGAGAAUCUGUCGGAGCUGGUCCUCACAGAAAACCUACUGACGGCCCUGCCACACUCCCUGGGCAAGCUGACCAAGCUGACCAACCUCAAUGUGGACCGGAACCGCCUGGAGGUGCUGCCACCCGAGAUUGGAGGCUGCCUGGCCCUCAGCGUGCUCUCCUUGAGGGACAACCGCCUGGUGUCACUGCCACCCGAGCUCGCCCACACUGCCGAGCUGCACGUGCUUGACGUGGCUGGGAACCGGCUGCAGAGCCUGCCGUUGGCCCUCACCCACCUCAACCUCAAGGCCCUGUGGCUGGCGGAGAACCAGGCACAGCCUAUGCUCCGCUUCCAGACAGAAGAUGACGCGCGGACGGGGGAGAAGGUCCUCACUUGCUACCUGCUGCCCCAGCAGCCCCCACCCAGCCUCGAGGACCAGCCGCUGCGGGACAGCCCCCCGGAGAGCUGGAGUGACGCCCCGCUUAGCCGGGUCAGCGUCAUCCACUUCCUGGAGACCCCCACGGGCGACGAGGACCCUGAGGAAGCCGCAGAGAAGCGGGGCCUGCAGCGUCGGGCCACUCCUCACCCCAGCGAGCUGAAGGUGAUGAAGAGAGGCGUGGAAGAGCGCCGGGGAGAAGCUCCUGCCUGCAGGCCAGGCCCCAGCGCCCCCUCACCCCCCGUGGAGGAGAGGAGGCUGAGUGUGGGGUCCGGCCCAAGUGAAGGCUCGGCCGUGUCCACAAGCACGGCUUCCCAGGGGGAGCCCGAGGCCCCUGCGACUGAGGUGGCGGCGCCGGGCCAGCAGGAAGCCGACCCGGAGGACUCCCUGGAGGAGAGCUUUGAGGAGCCCACAGUGCACUUCGCAGAGGAUGUGCCGCUGCCCAGUGCAGGUGAGGAGGGCGAGGGGGGCCCUCUGGAGGCACCGUGGCCCCUGCCCGGCGGGAGGCAGCGGCUCAUCCGCAAGGACACGCCGCACUACAAGAAGCACUUCAAGAUCUCCAAGCUGCCCCAGCCCGAGGCCGUGGCCGCCCUGCUGCAGGGCGCCGCACCGGAGACCGAGGGCUUGGCCGGGCCCGGGGGCUGGCGCAAUGGCCCCCACACGCCCUGGGCGCCUCGAGCUGAGGAGGAGGAGAAGGAGGAAGAUAAUGCGGAGGAGGAGGAGGAGACAAUGACCAAGGAGAAAGAGGCAGUGGCCCCCACGCCAUCUGUCAAGGGCGUGUCGUUUGACCAGGCCAAUAACCUGCUGAUAGAGCCCGCUCGCAUUGAGGAGGAAGAGCUGACUCUCACCAUCGUGCGGCAGACAGGCGGCCUGGGCAUCAGCAUUGCGGGCGGCAAAGGCUCCACCCCCUACAAGGGUGAGGAUGAGGGCAUCUUCAUCUCCCGCGUGUCCGAGGAGGGGCCUGCUGCCCGCGCUGGUGUCCGAGUCGGGGACAAACUCCUGGAGGUGAACGGCGUGGAUCUGCAUGAUGCGGAGCACCACCAGGCCGUGGACGCGCUGCGGGGGGCCGGCACCACGGUGCAGAUGCGGUUGUGGAGGGAGCGCAUGGUGGAGCCUGAGAACGCCGUCACCGUCACGCCCCUGCGGCCUGAGGACGACUCCAGCCCACGGGAGCGGCGGCCGGCCGGCCUGCGCCUGCCCCUGCUGCCAGCCGAGCCCCCCCGGCACCGCCACGUGGCCUGCCUGGCACGCAGCGAGCGGGGCCUGGGCUUCAGCAUCGCGGGCGGGAAGGGUUCCACGCCAUACCGGGCAGGAGAUGGGGGCAUCUUCAUCUCGCGCAUCGCGGAGGGCGGCGCCGCCCACCGGGCGGGCACCCUGCAGGUUGGAGACCGAGUCCUCUCGAUCAACGGCGUGGACAUGACGGAGGCCAGGCACGAGCACGCCGUGUCCCUGCUGACCGCUGCCACCCCCACCAUUGCGCUGCUGCUGGAGCGGGAGGCGGGGGGCUCCCCGCCCCCCAGCCCCCCUCCACAGCCCCCCUCCCCCCACACCGCUGCUGCCACGCCCGCGCUCACUGCCAGCCCUGCUGAGUGCGGGCCCCUGCGCCUCACCCCCAGCCUGCUGGCUGUGGCCCUGGAGGGCCCGUACCCGGUGGAGGAGAUCUGCCUGCCGAGAGCCGGGGGCCCGCUGGGGCUCAGCAUCGUGGGGGGCUCCGACCACUCGAGCCACCCCUUUGGGGUGCAGGAGCCAGGAGUGUUCAUCUCCAAGGUGCUGCCGCGGGGCCUGGCGGCGCGCAGCGGCCUGCGAGUGGGGGACCGCAUCCUGGCGGUGAACGGGCAGGAUGUGCGUGGGGCCACGCACCAGGAGGCGGUGGGCGCGCUGCUGCGGCCGUGCCUGGAGCUGGUGCUGCUGGUGCGCAGGGACCCGCCGCCGCCCGGCAUGCGCGAGCUCCGCAUCCACAAGGCGCCCGGGGAGAAGCUGGGCAUCAGCAUCCGCGGGGGGGCCAAGGGCCACGCAGGCAACCCCUGGGACCCCACCGACGAGGGCAUCUUCAUCUCCAAGGUCAGCCCCACGGGAGCGGCUGGCCGCGAUGGACGCCUGCGCGUGGGGCAGCGGCUGCUGGAGGUGAACCAGCAGAGCCUGCUGGGCCUGACGCAUGCGGAGGCUGUGCAGCUGCUACGCAGCGUGGCUGACAGCCUCACGGUGCUGGUCUGCGACGGCUUCGACGCCAGCACCCCCGGCCCUCCCGAGGUGUCCCCGGGCACCAUCGCCAACCCCUUGGUGGCCAGCCUGAGCCGCCGGCACAGCUUGGAGAGCCUGUCUUCUGUGGACCGCGAGACGAGCCCAGAGGGCAAGGACGAUCUGCCAUUGCAGACGCCCCCGCCGUGGGGGCUGGACACUGUGCUCGCUCCAUCUGGGAAGACUGCCGAAGCCCCCUGCCUGCCUGGCCAGCCUCCGCUCCCCUCCCCACCCUCCCCGGAUGAGCUGCCUGCCAGCGUCAAGCAAGCGUACAGGACGUUUGCUGCCGUGCCCGGCCCAGCCCUGCCCCAGGAUGACCUUGUCCAGCCCCUCACGCCAGGGCCUGCAGCCCCCCCAGAGCAGCUGUCCUUCCGCGAGCGGCAGAAGUACUUUGAGCUGGAGGUCCGGGCACCUCCGGCGGAGGGGCCCCCCAAGCGUGUGUCCCUGGUGGGCGCCGAUGACCUGCGGAAGAUGCAGGAGGAGGAAGCCCGCAAGCUGCAGCAGAAGAGGGCGCAGAUGCUGCGGGAUGCAGCCCAGGUGGGGCGCACGCCGGACCCCGAUGACAACGGAGAGCUCGAACCCGAGGAGCCCCCCUGGGCCGGCCCAGGCCUCCCUGCAGGGCCUGGCCCCGGGUCCCCUCCCCUGCCCGGAGGCAGCGCUCCUGUCAGGACCGCCAAAGCCGAGCGCCGCCACCAGGAACGGCUGCGCGUGCAGAGCCCAGAACCUCCAGCACCCCCGGAGCCUGAGCGGGCUCUGUCCCCGGCGGAGCGCCGUGCCCUGGAGGCCGAGAAGCGGGCCCUGUGGAGGGCGGCCAGGAUGAAGUCCCUGGAGCAGGACGCGCUCCGCGCCCAGAUGGUCCUCAGCAAGUCCCAGGACGGCAGGGGCAAGCGUGGGCCCCUGGAGCGUCUGGCGGAGUCCCCCUCCCCUGCGCCCACCCCGUCACCCACUCCCUUGGAAGAUCUCAGCUCUCAGACCAGCAGCUCCCCAGGCCGACUGGCCUUGUCUGGGAGGAGGUUUGACUACAGGGUCUUUGCCGCCCUCCCUUCCUCCAGGCCUCUCUGUGGCAUCCAGUCCCCAGGUCUGACAGAGGACAUGAGGUCCUUGGAACCAUCUCCCAGUCCCGGCCUGCAGCCGGAGGAUGGAGAAGUGGCCAUGGUGCUUCUGGGCAGGCCCUCUGAGGAGGUGGCCCUGUGCAGCAGCCGCCGGCCCGUGCGGCCAGGGCGCCGCGGCCUGGGCCCAGUGCCCUCCUAGAGCCUCCCUGGCCUGGGGCAGAGCAGCCGGCGGCGGCAGUGCCUCCCCCAGAGUCCUCUAACAUGGGUGUUAGCGUUUGGAAUAAAGACCCCUCAGGAGCCACUAACUGCCCCUCCCCUCCAGGACCUCUCGGCAAGACUGUAACUAGUGAUGUUUGUACAACCAAAGACUCUAUUUUGUGGUUUAAGGAGAAUAAAAUUGACUACGUUUUACUC